CCGUUGCACAGGUGCCCAGAAUCGGUUUCGGCACGCCAUUGUGGAAAAUAGUUACUUUCACAUUACUGACUCCUCGCUGAGAGCUUACCUUCCUAGCUGAGUCGUCCCGGGUAAAAUAACGAAAGAAGAAACUGUUCCACAAUGGCUACGGAGUCCUGGGCACAAUCAGUGGACGCGCAAGAAGCCGCGGCGGAAUCGAUCGGUAGCCUCCAAAUAAAGGAUAAACCAGAGGAAAAUGGCACGGUUGCAAAUGCUACAGAGUCCAGCAGUGCCCCUGCAAAGACAGAAGUUAAGGUAGAAAACAAGGGAACAGAUGAAGAGGAAAACGACAAAGAUGACAAAGCGGCACAGUCAUUACUAAACAAGCUGAUCCGGAAUAAUCUCGUCAAUAACACGAAUCAAGUGGAAGUUCUUCAGAAGGAUCCCAACUCUCCGCUCUACUCUGUCAAGUCCUUCGAGGAGUUGCGACUCAAACCACAGCUGCUUGAGGGCGUGUACGGCAUGGGUUUCAACAGACCAUCCAAAAUCCAGGAGACUGCCUUACCUAUGAUGCUGGCCGAACCUCCACAGAAUCUGAUUGCUCAGUCGCAGUCGGGAACAGGGAAAACAGCUGCCUUUGUCCUGGCCAUGCUCAGUCAUGUAGAUCCCAACAAAAGAUAUCCCCAGUGCCUGUGUGUGUCACCCACCUAUGAACUGGCACUUCAGACUGGCAAGGUAAUCGAGCAGAUGGGCAAACAAUAUCCCGAGGUCUCACUAGUCUACGCCAUCAGAGGAAAUAAAUUGGAGCGGGGCGUGAAGCUGCAGGAGCAGAUAGUUAUCGGCACACCUGGUACCAUGCUGGACUGGUGCGGCAAAUUCAAGUUCAUAGACCCCAAGAAGAUCAUGGUGUUUGUGCUCGACGAGGCCGACGUCAUGAUCGCCACACAGGGCCACCAGGACCAGAGCAUCCGCAUCCAGAGGAUGCUGCCUAAAAACUGCCAGAUGUUGCUGUUCUCAGCCACGUUUGAAGAGACGGUGUGGAACUUCGCCCAGCGCAUCGUGCCUGACCCCAACAUCAUCAAGUUGAAGCGAGAGGAGGAGACGCUGGAUACCAUCAAACAGUACUACGUGUUGUGCAACAGCAGGGAGGAGAAGUUCCACGCCCUCUGUAACCUCUACGGAGCUAUCACCAUCGCCCAGGCCAUGAUCUUCUGCCACACGAGGAAGACUGCGGGCUGGCUUGCAGGGGAGCUGUCCAGAGAGGGCCACCAGGUGGCGCUGCUCAGUGGAGAGAUGCAGGUGGAGCAGAGGGCUGCCGUCAUCGACCGCUUCAGAGAAGGCAAGGAGAAGGUCCUGGUCACCACGAACGUUUGUGCCCGAGGCAUUGAUGUGGAGCAGGUUUCUGUGGUCAUCAACUUUGACUUGCCGGUAGACAAGGAUGGUAACCCAGACAACGAGACGUACCUGCACCGGAUUGGUCGCACGGGACGAUUUGGCAAAAGGGGGCUGGCCAUCAACAUGGUGGACAGCAAGAUGAGCAUGAACAUCCUCAACAGGAUCCAGGAGCAUUUCAGUAAGAGAAUUGAAAAACUAGACACAGAUGAUCUGGAUGAAAUUGAGAAAAUCUCCGGCUAAAGAGAAAGGCAUUUAUCGCAUGAAGGACGACCACUCGACCUACUUCCCUUCCCCUCUUGGCUCUCCAAGGACUGUACGCUCCUACAGUGUUUUACGCUUUUAUUUUUUUUAGCCGUCAGAGAAAAGAGCAAAACCACAAACACAUUAUAUGUUUACACUUGGAUAUGUCUCCUCUCAGACGAGUGUUUUGGAAGUCUCUGGAACAUACCCCAUCUCACUCUUUGUACUCCUUUGAAUAAAGUCUAUGAGUUUAUUACUGUGUAUCGUGAUGCUGCCGAAGCAGCCAUAGUUGACUCUGUUUUGCUGAACACACGUAGAGUUAAAACACUUUUUGGUGUUGGCUGUAGCGGUGGCAUGCUACAAGCUAUUCUCUAAAGAGAUUCACAAAAAAAACCCUAAAACAUUCUAUGUGCCACAAAGUUCUUCAUUUUAAAAGGAGCAACGUAUAAUUGAAUGUAAGAGUAGUACAUAGACGAUGACUGCCAAACCUCAGUACAAAGGGUGAAGUCGGGUAUGCUGCUCGGAGCAGUAGUUUAAUCAUUACGAUUGUUAUCGAGAUGGUGGUGGUUGGGUUUCAAGGGUCUAUGCAAAACUUAUCAACCUGUGAUAGCAUUCUCAAAUCCUAUCAACCUGUAUUUACAUGUUGGAAAUUAAUCCUCAAUAACCUCAGCUUUAGCAUCAGGUUGUGUAGUCGGCCUAGAGGGAUAUUACACUACUAACUCCCAAGUCAUGGACAUUUAGAUAUUUGUUUUUAAUUGGUAAUCAAUCCUCAGUUAACCGCACAUCUCACACACGUUAUUUAUAUCAUUUUAUAAACGAUUAUGGCUUUUAUCAGGACGGGCUCGGCGCCACUGCUGAGCUCUAAUCAUUGGUCUUCUUUUCCCUUCAUCUGUCUUGUAAAACCUCAUUUUUAACUAAAAAUGUGUCCGUUCAGGGCAGAUGUGAUCAGUUUCCCUUUGUGUCUCACUGUCCCACGCAAUCUGUUCAAUCAGGGUCUCCAGUUUGACUUGAGCUCAGCUACAUUCUUCACCCAGACUGUGCUGUGUUAAAGGAUUGUGAGUUUAAAAAAAAGUUACACAAUGCCUUCCUCAAGUGCAUUAUAUAUAUAUAUAUAAAUACACAUGAUUUUGUUUUUAAGAUAUUGGGCUUAAUAUUCUGACUAACACUUGAAAUUUUGAUUAUAUAUGGAAUUAUGAGCGUCUUCAGGAUGUAUGAAUUAUCUUAAAACCAAAUGCUGACUUGAGGACCUAUGCCAAUCAGAUUCACUGUGUUGCUCCAACAUGGUCACAUGGAUAGAAAACAUGUACUUGUGUACAUAUUUACAAAAAUAAAUUAGGUCAAAGAAAUAUUGUGACUGAAAUAUUAAGUUUGUCACUUCUAAGAAGUGCUAAAAACAUUCCUCGUGAGGUUCAAUUUUGACAGACGCAGCACUUGGAAUACAAGCCUAAAUGGGUUAACCUUGCAUCAGUGGACGACCGUACAGCAUUAUGGAAACGUUGGGAUGUCUGGUGUAUUUGAUCAAUGUGCGGGAACAUUAAGGGCAGCGAUUGGUCCGUCUGAACCUUGUGUGCAAACCUCAUCCGGCUCCCACCGGCAUGGAGAAGACUGCUGGUGGUGGUCCGGUUUAAAUGGACUGUUUACGGACAACUUAGCCAAACGAGAAGCAAGUGAGAGUGUGCUGGAAAUUCACGAGAAGACUUUCGGGUAAAGAACCAAUGUAUGCAGUUUUAUUUGGACAUUUGGAUGUAUACAUUAUCAGUGAGAGUGUGUGUGCGCGCACUUUGUUGAUCCAUCAUGUAAUAGCACUGUACGAGAGCCAUGGACACGCAGAGCAGUUUUAGCUAUAGAACGCAACACUCCACAUGUUGUGUACCUUGUUUGAUAAUUGUCAGAACCAACCAAAACCCAGUACGUACAUGUAUACAUAGGAGUAAUACUGCCUAACUAGGCUUAAAGUGUAACCUGAAGGUCAUGUGUAGACAAUGAUAGGUUCAAGGUGUGUGGUAUUCUGUAGCUGAGCUGCGUUCAUGGACACAGUCAUGUAUUCUUAAUAUGUUGAAUUAAAAGAACAUGUAGUCAAA